CGGGAUCUUCGUCUGUUAUUUACAUUGGAAACAGGGACGUUUAAAUAAGUGGCCAGGAAAAGAAAUAGAGACGAUGGCGAAUUCACAGCCUCGAAUGCAGCUACAGAUGAGAUACAACAAAUACCAAAGGAUGGACGUAGACGAAAUUCUACCUGGGCUCUAUCUCUCUGGGUGCAAUCCUGCCGAGAAUAAAGCUGUAUUAGAGGGUUUCAAAAUAACCCACAUCGUCAACAUGGCAUCAUACUUCGACAACCAGUUUCCGAACACUGUCACGUACUAUCAGAUCAAGGAGGAAGAUUUAGAAGACACUAACCUGUUGCAAUAUUUUGAAAAGACAUUUAAAUUCAUCGACGAUGCAAGACAAAAAGGAGGCAGGGUAUUGGUGCAUUGUAACGCCGGAGUUUCACGAGCUGGAACCAUGGUUACAGGAUACGUGAUGAGAACGAAGGGACUGACAAUGGUGGAAGCAAUGGAGUUUGCGCAGUCUAAACGUAGAAUGAAUCCCAUUGAUCCAAACGAAGGUUUUAUGAAACAGUUGAAGAAAUAUGAGGACAUGUUAAAAAGGGCAAAGGUUAUUAAAUGAAAGUUCAAUGAACCAAGAAAUCAAAAUCAAAAUAUCGAUUGAAAAAACACCCUCCGCUUUCAUAUUGGUUGUGUUGUAAGGUUGCUGGUCGGCCGAACUCUUUCUUUAAGUCUCCUUUUGUUCGGGUCUCUAUUUUGCUAAGGAAGAUAGCACAGCUGUUAUGAGAAUUUUUCUUCUCAAAAAUAUUUAACUAUCAAACCCUUUUUGUACUGACUUUAUGCAAUAAAUUAUUUUUCUUUAA